AUGACGAGAGGGUCGAGAUACCCUUGUUGGCCCCUGUGGUCUGUGGCCCUUUUCAGCAUACUCACGACGGUGCAGAUGUUGGAAUUUGGUGGGGCGCCUGGCCAGUAUGCACGGUAUGGGCGCUGGGAAGCUGGAUCAGUGGGAGAGCUGAGCUUCAGUCUUAAGACUAACAUCAGCCAAGCAUCGGUACUCUAUCUGGACGACGGUGGGAACUGUGACUUCUUGGAAUUGCUGAUUGCUGGCGGGCGUCUCAAGUUGCGGUUUGCCAUCCACUGUGCUGAGCCUGCCACUCUGCUCAUGGAGACACAGGUGAAUGAUGACCGCUGGCACAUGGUCUUGCUCACCCGUAACUUUCGCGAGACCCUGCUGAUGGUGGACGGGGAGACAAAGGUUGCUGAGGUCAAGUCAAAGAGGAAGGAAAUGGCGGUGGUCAGUGACCUGUUUGUGGGUGGAAUCCCACCAGAUGUUCGCCUGUCUGCGUUGACAUCGAGCACAGUGAAGUACGAGCCACCCUUUCAGGGCUUAAUCUCCAAUCUGAAGGUUGGGGAGAUGCCACCAACUCUGUUAAACAGCCAGGGCAUUGAGAGUGACCUGGAGUACCUCUGCACCAAACAAAACCCAUGCUUCAAUGGAGGGUUUUGCUCUAUUCAAUUCGGAGAUGUACACUGUGACUGCACACACACCCGCUUCAAGGGGAAGUACUGCAAAGAAGGGCAGUGUAUGCUGCACUGCACAGGUGGCCAUCAGCAGGGCCAGGAACAGCAGCAGGACAGAGAGUAG